CUAGCUUGUCUCUCUUCAUGAGCAUAAAAUUAAACUACUCAAGGGAAGUGAAGCCAACACACAACACUUGUGCAGUUGUGCUAGCUAGCUGCCACCGCGAUUCACAUGUUGUAAUAUAUGUAUCAAUUUUAAUUGUUUUUUUAUUAUUAAUUUUCAGACAUGUAUGUAUAUAAAUAUACCACACCUUUUCUUUCUUGUCUUCAUGUUAAAGCAGCAGUGUUAAGCAUAUGAAAAUUUAGAUUUUACCUUUUUGCUUUCUUUUCCCUUCUAAGCAGCUGCACCAUAUUUCUUGUUUUGUUUUAGAAUUCUGAAUCGUGCAUCUCAUCCUUAUUCAAACCAAGCAAUAAAAGCAUAUUUCAUGAAUGAUGAUGAUGUCUUCAUCAGAAGCCUUUUCAUCAUCACCAUCAGCAGCAGCUCCUUCGAGUUCCAGCAUCAUCCAUUACGGAAACCCUAAUUCAAUUUCAGGAGUAGUGAAGAGAAAGCGAAGUCAACCAGGAAGGCCAGAUCCAGAGGCAGAAGUAAUAGCUCUAUCACCAAAGUCGCUGAUGGCGACAAACCGUUUCAUAUGCGAGAUAUGCAAGAAAGGGUUCCAGAGAGACCAGAACCUGCAGCUGCACCGGCGAGGGCACAACCUGCCGUGGAAGCUUCGGCAGAGGGAGAAGGAGGAGGUGGUGCGGAAGAAGGUGUACGUGUGUCCGGAGAAGAGCUGCGUCCACCACGAGAGUUCUCGUGCGCUGGGGGACUUGACGGGGAUAAAGAAACACUACAGCAGAAAGCACGGCGAGAAGAAGCUGAAAUGCGAAAAGUGCUCCAAGAAAUACGCUGUUCACUCUGAUUGGAAGGCUCAUACCAAGAUCUGUGGCACCAGAGAGUAUCGUUGUCACUGUGGCACUCCCUUCUCCAGGAAGGACAGCUUCCUCACUCACAGAUCUUUUUGUCAAGCCUUGCCUCAAUUUCAUACUGCUUCCAUGCCACCACCAUCACUACCACUAUGGCUUGACCAAACAAUCAACCAAGAGAACAAGCUCGGAGACUUGUUGUACUCAUCAUCAUCAUCAUCCACACUCAUGUCGGCCACUGCGUUGUUGCAGAAAGCUACACAAAUGGAAUCUACCCCCAUGGCUUCUAACAACGACAAUGCCUUUGUCGGAUUCAUGCUCAGCUCUUCGUCUCAGUUCUCCUCCUUCAAUAACGAUUCAAACUUGAUGCAACACCCACUUGGGUUGACCAGAGACUUUCUUGGCGUUGGGGUCACCACCAAGUUCAUGAAUAAUCCAAUGGGAUCCCUCGUCGACUUCCAAACCAAUCCUCUUCAUCAUCAUCAAGAAUAUAUGUAGGUGAGGUUAAUUGUAUGAUACAUAGAUAAUAAAAAGAACAAGUUAAGUUAAUUAAGUAGGUAAGUUAAUGAUGAUAGAUGGGUCACGGAGGCAUAGCAUUGAGAUGAGAUGAGAUAUGACAGGAUCCAUCUCGUGAACUAAGUGGGGGCCAACCCAUAUUUGGAACCACUAUCUAUAAUAAUAUUCCCUCAGCUCUUUCAAUUAUUAUUUUUGGUAGUAGCAAUAGCACUACACUAGUAAUCUAGUAUAGUAAACUUAACCUACCUAUUCUAUAUCUGUGACUGUCAAUGCAAUGGAAGUACAUGUACGACGUACAACAACUUUACAGCGUCCUAUCUACUACUUGUAUAAUGACCGUGGCUCCUGAAGCCACGCGUCAUUUUCUCAAUUAACCAGAAUAAAAAAUCUCUCCUAUUAUCUAUCUAUCUAUCUUUCACUUCAAUUUCUCUCUCUCCCUUUUGAAACUCUAAAUGCCCCCUUCUGCUUCGUUCUCUCCUCCAUAGCCCACAAACUCAUUCUGGUCCAUAUAAUCGCUGCCCAUCCACGCUCUCUUUAUGGCUCUCCCUGGUUCUCAAAACCUCAUUUCAGUAAGCCAUAUAUCUCCAUUUGAAAAGCCAUCUCUUAAACACCAUUUUCAACAACCCCCAUCUGAAAACCCUAACUCACCGAGCUGAGCGGAAUUUUCGUCUCAGAUCACAAUCACGGCGAUGGCGCUGUUAGUUUCAGCUGGUGAAAUGCCGGCGAUGCUGGGCGACUAAGAUAUCUGUUGCGUGGUUGAUGCGCUCUCGAACGUCAACAGCCUUGGUGAUACAUGUUGGGUCGAGAUCUCAACCAGCGCUCCCCCGUGAAGAUGUUCUGGAGGUUUAAUUUUAGCAAGAUUAAGAAGAUUGGUUUCCGUAUGUGCUGUCGCGGUAAAAAAACCUCUACCUUUAUGAUCUUUGGAAGAAAUCUGACCAUUCUGAUAGUUGGUAUAGGUGAUUUGCAGCGUUGCCUUUGUGCCUUGAAUCUUCCCCAUUUCGUUGGGUUUUAGUCCUGGAACAGUUCUAGCGUACCAUAGCACAAACCUGAAAUUGUUCGAUAAGAGGAUCAAGAUAGCUGAGUUGGUGUUAAGGUUUAUGAUUCUUGGUCUUGGAGUUGUUGCAGCUGUUCUUAUUAGAACUGAUUCACAAGUGAAGGUGUUUUUCUCCUUUGAGAAGGAAGCUAAAUUCACUGAUGUUAAGGCUUUGGUAUUCUUGGUUGUUGCGAAUGGUUUGGCUGCUGGAUACUCUUUGAUUCAAGGACUCCGUUGUGUUGUCUGGUGUUGAUGAAGAGCUUCAGGUGGUGCUUAUUAAAGGUCAUGUAAAAGCUACUUGAUUGUGGAUGAUAUUCUAACUCAUGAAACUGAAGUUGCUUCACGGCUAAUGAACACGCUCCAAAAAAAGGACCAAUUGUUCUCUGAUUUCGAGGACCUUGAUAAAUGUUUAUUGUGGAUAGAAGCACCAUAAAUUUGGAUUUGUGGGCCACUGCUGAUGUUGGUUUGAUUUUAUGAAUUUCAGAGGGAUAGAGGUAAGAUGCUGUAAGUACAUUAUAAAGAUAUGGCAAGUGAGGUGUCGAACAAUUUCAGGUUCAUGAAGAAAUAAUGGGAUGGUUUAGCAUCAAGCAUGUUGAGCUAUUAAACUGGUUUGUUUUAAUGAAAAAAUUGUAACACUAGAGACAACUUAUGUAGCUGUGAGAUUUUGCCAGCCUCUAUGAAUGUCCAAUGUGUGGUAAAGAGCCAGAGAAUGUACGCCAUCUUUUCUUUAGUUGUGAUGUAGCAUUGAGUCUUUGGGGCGAUGUACUAUAUAAUAUAGGUUUGCAUUGUAGAUGAGCUAAAGAAUGCUUAAAGUCAUGGAUUGCGGCACCGAUUCCAGCGAGGUAUAAGCAGCAGUGGGAGAUAAAUACACAGGUUUUGAAAUGGGAGAUAAAGUAUUGGAGCCAAUCUUGGGUGUCGAAUAAAGAAGAGCGCAAGAGAGGAGAAUUUAAAAUUCAAUAAUAUAAUGAUUUGAGGAGUGGAUGAAAUAUGUACAUAUGCUUUGUCUUAUUGUGGUCUUGAUUAUUAUUAUAGGAUGGUUUUUA